CAGGACCACGCCUCCAAAGGUUUCCCGCGAACUUCCUCAGUGUCCUAUAGCAAACUCUCUCGUUCUCAAUUCUCAUACUUUACUCAGAGCACACACACCAGCGGCAGCAACCUCUAGGUAGAGAAACAGAACAAUGCGUCCUAAGCGUCAGCAAGCCCCGCCCCCUUCAACCAGAAUGAACCUGAGGAGUUACCGGAACUCGGCACCGGUCCCCAUGGAGACCUCUUCCUCUGAGGACAGCUGUGACAGCUUCGCUUCUGAUGGCUUUGCACCGAUGAAAAGACCUUUCAGACAGACGAGAAGCUCAGCUCGUCAGGAAAAAAUCUUAGAAGCGAAGUCCGUGUCAGAAGAGGAAGGCUGCAGUAGUUUUGAGGAAAGCGACUUCAGUAAUGAGAUGAGUACCAUGAAAAUGGAUUCAGACUCUGAAUCAGAACCCCCGAAAAAAUCUCGCCGCUCUUUCACUCUUCGGGUGGCCAUGAAGUUCCCCGCCAGGAAUGUCACUCCGAAGAAAUCUCCAAGUCCCGAGCCUGCUCCCAAACACACAGAAUUAGAUACUGAGGAAGAUGACUUCAUUGCAAAGAGAGCACUUAAUAUUAAAGAGAACAAAGCCAUGCUGGCUAAACUAAUGGCAGACUUAAACAAAGUCCCUGGAUUUUUCCCGAAUAAAACACCACCUUCAAACAAUACACCCCGUCGUGUUUUCCGUCGCAAGCAGCACCCUGAAAGUCUUCCAAGGAUUCUCACACGUUCCCGUUCGUUGGUGAAUGGUCCCCCUACACCUCCUGAAGAAGAGGACAAGUUCAGCCUGGUGCGCAGUAACAGACAAGAUGAUGAUGACGACUAUGAGCCGGAGCCACGUCGUCGUCGCACCUACAACGGCGCUCUUGCCAUCCCCCAUGUGGUAAGACCUGUGGAGGAAAUCACCCAGGCUGAGUUGGACAAUAUUUGCACCAAUGUCCGAGAAAAGGUCUACAAUCGUGCUACAGGUAGCACAUGUCACCAGUGUCGCCAAAAGACGAUCGACACAAAGACUAAUUGCCGUAACCCUGAGUGUGUUGGAGUCAGAGGUCAGUUUUGUGGCCCCUGUCUGCGAAAUCGUUAUGGAGAGGAAGUUCAUGAUGCACUUUUGAACCCGGAGUGGCUAUGUCCACCAUGCAGAGGCAUUUGUAACUGCAGCUUCUGCAGGGCCAGAGAGGGGCGCUGUGCUACAGGUGUUCUCGUUUACCUGGCUAAAUACCAUGGCUAUGACAAUGUCCAUGCGUACCUAAAGAGCCUGAGGAAGGAGCUGGAUGAGAGUGAGGGAUGCUGACCCUGCUGAUUUUUAAUCCAUGGUCUGUGCUCACCUUUAGUUUAUCUUCUGUCCAGAUGUAUAUAGAAUUCGCCUUUUGGAUGUACACUUUAUGCAAAUUUGUGCCUUAUGAGUGGACAGCUGUUAAUGGACUACCUUACGGUGGUCACUUGCAUUGUUUUAAAUGUAAUGUUUGUUGUCUUGGUGACUUUUUUCCCUGUUUUAAAGAUUAUACUGUAAUUCUGCUUGCAAUAGCUUUUAGCGUUACCCUUUUAUGACUGAAACUAAAGUAAGUAUUGGAGUGCUGAAAUUUU